AUGUCAAGCUUCAGUCCAGAGUUUACAAAAAGCUUCGCUCGGGAAACAUGGACUCUCUAUGCAGUAGGGAUGCUGGGUGUUUGCCUGCGAUUCGUAGCUCGCAUACGUCGUUUAGGAAUCCGAAACCUCCAGACAGACGAUUACUUGAUGGUCUUCGCUAUCAUCUGGUAUACGAUCCUGUGUGUUGCUUUGAACGAAGUCGUCAUCGUGGGGGGUUCGAACUUGAUGAGCGAAGAAGAUAUUAAGAACUUGACCCCGGUAAUCAAAGCAGAUCGAGUGAGAGGAAGUAAAUGGGUCUUUGUCUCAGAACAUUCCUUUGUCCUCGCGGUAUGGGCAAUGAAGGCCUGUAUGCUCGUAAUCUAUGCACGUAUAACGGAAGGGUUGCGGCAGAGGAAAUGGGUUAACUAUCUCGCCGUAUAUGUCGGCCUCGGUUUUAUUGGUGUUGAGUUGUCUCUGUUCUUGAUCUGCCGACCCCUAUCGAAUUAUUGGGCUGUGCCUACAUCCUAUCAAUGCUCAAGCUACCAAUACUACGAAAUUAUCCAGGGAUGUAUAUCGAUUUCCGCAGACAUUCUGAUGCUCCUUAUCGGACUGCCACUUCUGCUGCAAGUACGCGUACCUCUCAAGCAGAAGCUGAUACUUGUGGUUAUUUUCGGCAUGGGAAUUUUUGUUAUUGUCGCAGCAGUCCUGACAAAGGUUUACUGUCUCGUCCCGUCACUCAUCUCAUACGUCUACAUGAAUUGGUACUUCCGGGAAGCAACAGUGGCUGUUCUUGUUACCAACCUACCACUCAUCUGGUCUCUCCUUCGCGACGUGUUCCCUGCCCUCAAAAGCUGGACAGGGGGAUCCAAGCGAGCCACUGACCGGUAUCCGUCUGGUCCGUGGACCAGCAAAGCCUCGGGGUACGGCCGGCACUAUGGGCCGUCGAGUCAACUACGCUCAGGCGAAUUUAGCAUGCACGACUACAACCGGAGCAUUGUUACGCCUCACAAGCCGGCUUCUGACAUUAGCAUACAUGCGAGUGACGAUCGGGAUGUUAGCGAUGAUGGCUCUGACAGAGCCCUGAGAAUUCGGCAGGACGUUACUGUCACAGUGGAGCACGAAUCCCGGCCUCCCAAAUUUUGGGGAUCCCAUCAUACCAAAACCGAAAGUCUUAACGGGGUGCAUCAACCGCAGCCAUGA